AUGCAAGGCUUCAAACUGAUCCUAUCUGCAGGAGCAGUUCUUUCUGCGGAAAAGCGUGCCUCAGAUACACACGUUCAAGCUGUUCAGAACGAGACAACAAGGCACCAGUCAGAACUCGGAAGCGCAUUGAUGAACACUGGCCACUCGCAGACUUACGCACCCUCGUCAUCCAAACCAGUUAACCUCGCCCCUGGACCCCAGGGCGGCGCAGGGAAGGUCCACAGGGUCCCUUCUGAGCACAGACCUUCCCAGUUCGACAAGAAAAUUCUGCUGUGGACCGGGCGUUUCAAAUCGAUGGAAGAGAUCCCGCUUCUGGUCCCGCCCCAACUGAUGGAUGCAGCCAGAAACAAGGCUCGAGUGAAAGUGUGCUACAUAAUGAUUGGGCUCACCAUCAUCGCCUGCAUUGCAGUGAUUGCGUCAGCCAAAAGGGCUGUACAACGACAUGAAUCCUUAACGAGCUGGAACUUGGCAAAGAAAGCCAAGUGGCGCGAGGAGGCUGCAUUGGCUGCAAAGAUGAAGGCUAAGUAAUGUUCGGAGUGACAGUGGGUUCACUUGACUGUCACCCCUACAUCAGUCACAAUAAAGGAUAAGUAAAGCAGAACAAUUGAAGUACUUGCCAUGCU